GUGAGAAAGGCAGACAAGAGAAUAACACGAAGAACAAGAAGGAGAAAAACCUGUGAUCUAUAUCUAUAAAGUUCCGACAAACUUACAUAUGAAACCUUUUAUCCAUUAUAUCGUUAUACUAUUCACUUGACUUCUUAGCUAACCAAUUCUUGGACAGGCAGUAUAAGUAACAAUAGCAAUAAUAAUAAUAUCAAUAAACGUUAGAAAAAAAGGGAGUUAUGUUGACUAUUCAGUCAGUUGAUAUAGAUAACCGGCAUCAUUGUCACCAUCAUCAUCACCACCAUCAUCAUCAUCAAAAUCCGCAACAACAAAAUCAAGAACAACAGCAUCAACUUAGGUAUAAUAAUCAUCUCACACUCUGUGAUCCUAACCAUACUAUACAUCGAAGUCUUAAUCAUCGUCCCCAACAACAACAUUGUCCGCCACAAUACUCCACACAGCAAAAUGAUCAACUCAAUGAUAACAAAAGUCCAUUAACAAAAUUAACCGCUUUUACAUUCAAUACAACAUCAUUCAUGAAUAAUCCUCUAAAUGAUAAACCGCCAUUAGUAAAUUUUAAAAAACAUUUUAAACAUUAUUACAUUUCAGCGGGUGACAGCAGUAUCAGUAAUAAUAAUAAUCACACUUGUACAAAUCCUAUGAAAAAAGGGUGUUUGAUUAAAAGAAAUGAAUGCAAACAGAAUGAAACUCAAGAGAGGAACGGAGAAUAUGAAGAAAACUCACUGAUUAUUAAAUCAUUAAAUCAACCGCAUGAUUUUGAAUAUAAUCAAUACCAUGAAGGUUAUCAUCAUCGGGAUCAUCUGAACAAUUCUAGAAAAGAAGAUAUUAGAAUUGAACAACAGUGUAAUACUGAGGAAAAUUUAUAUACUACUACAACGACUACUGCUACUGCGACUACAGGAUGGAUUAAUAAUCAUGGUGAUGGUGAUCGAGUUCAACUACAUGAAGAGAAUGAUGUAAUCCGACAAAAAAAUACACCAAAUAGUAUGAAAUCUUUGAUUAUAGAAAAUGUAAUUUAUCCUGAUGAAGAGAAAUCAUAUCGGCGUACAAAUUUCUUAUCAAAGUCAAAUGGAUUAGAGUCAUCUUUGUUAUAUGACCACCUUUUGCCUAUAACAAAUGAUGAAAUCAAAUCAAGUGAAACUGGCCAUCAGCAUAACAACUAUGAAUUGCCUUCAUUGUUCUAUACAAACCUAUCAAAUGAUAUAACAGGAUUAAAUAUUUCCAGUUUAUAUAACUAUGCAGAACAAAUUUGGUCACCAUCAUUAUUCUCAUCAAUAACAUCAUCAUCUUUACCGUCAACAACGGGAUUAGGAAUAGGAACAAAUCACCCGCCAACAUUUCAUGCAUUCAAUCAACAUUCAACGCCUAAUUUAUCUUGUACAGGAUGUCAUGAAAGUAUUCAUGAUAAAUUAUUCUUGAGUAUGGAUAAUAAAUACUGGCAUCUAAAUUGUUUAAGAUGUUUUAAAUGCGGUAUUACACUACAAUGGGAGAAAACAUGUUUUGUGAAAAAUGAUUCAGUUUUUUGUCGAGAACAUUAUAAAAAGCUGUCUUCAUGCUUUCGAUGUGGUGAAAAAUUGCAGAAAAAUGAUUUAAUUUUCCAAGUUGAUGCAGAUACAUUAUACCAUGAAUCAUGCUUCAAUUGUUAUACAUGUGGACGCCUGUUAAAAUGUGGUGAUACGUAUAUUAUGGAUGGCAAAACUAUUCAGUGUUCACUGCACGACAGUGUGACUGCAAAUAAACAGUCAUAUAUUAUGACCAAAAUCUUAGCAUCUUCUCUAUCUGAUCUGUUUACUGCAGCCAAUUAUGCAUAUUCUUAUUCAUCUAACUCUCAAUCACAGAUUACACCAAGCACAAACACAAAGUUAUCAGAAAUAUUUACUUCAAAAGGAUUAGAUGAACUGAAUACAGGAAGUGGUAAUGUCAAUCUUGAAAGAACAACAGAGAUGAAAACUAAUUUAUUUAGUGGAAUGAUGAAACCGUCCGAUGAAUAUGAACAUCAGAAAUGUGUCCCCAUGUCGUUUGACGAAGAUGCUAUAGAUUUUAAUUCAACAUGCAUUACUGAAGCGCCACAGGGAAAUUAUCCUAUUGUGCAGUUAUGUGAUACUUAUGACAAGCACAUGAUGAAAACCACACUUGGUCAAAUUCCAUCAGAAGUCAAUGAGAGUCCUGCUGAAUUCCCUCUGAUUGCUGAUAAAAUUCUGCCAUGCGAUGAAAAAGAGUUGAAUGAUACCAAAAAUUCUCAGUUUUAUUUCAUUAAUGCCAAUAUAAACUAUUUAACCGAUAAUUUAAUAUCAAAUCCGCAAACACCUUCAGCUUUCACUGAAGUAAUUGGAAAAACUAUCAGAGAUGAUAAUAAUAAUAAUAGUAAUAAAAGUAAUUUUAAUGUGGAAACAAUGUUAAAUUUUCUGCCAAGAAUAGAUACUGUAAAUAAUUCAUUUGGUGUGAAGUCAAAUGUUACUACUGACAACAUGACUAUCACUGGGAGCAGUAGCGGUAGUAGUAGUAGUAGUAAAAAUUGUUUACUGAAUAUUUCUUCUACAUGGACGUCGAAUGGUACAACUUUAACUUCACCGGUACACUCUUUUUGUUCGUCGUCAUCCUCAUCUCCACCACUGUCGUCCACAUGUCUUGUGUCAUCUUCAUCACCACCGUCAGGUAUUUCUGGAGGUUAUUCUAAACUUAUUCUGACGUCAAAAAACAAUACCCCUACUACGGUUGAUAAUGGAUCCUCUUUUAACAGUAGAGUAUCUAAACAAGUUGAACAAAAUCAUAUUUUAAACAAGAUAGAAAUGCCAAUAUCAACUCAUUUCUUUGAGAAUCAUGAUAGUAAGUAUAAUGGAAAAUUCAAUUCAAUUGAUAAACAACAGUCUUUUAAUGACAACAUGAAAUCUCAAGUACUCAUCGAUAUUUCUGUGAAACACUCAAGUUUAUUAAAAAAUGGAAAAUUAGAACAGUUUAAAUCAGGAAAAGCACAAAAGUCAACUAAAAAAUUGGACAAUGAACGUUUAUUGUCUACGGAUAAAUUGCAUGGAAGAUUAGAAAAGAAUACAGGAAAAAUGAAACGUAUACGUACAUCAUUUAAGCAUCAACAAUUGAGAAUAAUGAAAUCCUACUUUGAAUUUAGUCAUAAUCCAGAUUCUAAAGAUUUAAAACAGUUAUCACAAAAAACUGGACUAUCUAAACGCGUUUUACAGGUAUGGUUUCAGAAUGCACGUGCUAAAUUUCGUCGUAAUACUAAUAGCCAAGUGUAUGUGGAAAAUUCAAAAUCCAACGAUUCUAUUCCAGUGGCCCAGUAUACAACGUCAACAGCAACAACAACAACAACACCACCACCACUGAAUAUGAAUGUUACCAAUGCGUCGACUUGUCAAAAUAUCACAGAUUCUAAAUUCUAUACUGGUUUAGGUGGAUAUAAUUAUGAAGAGGAGAAGGCAGAUAGUAUUUAUCCGAAAUCAGUCACUUCAGAUUAUGAUAUUUUCUUGCCUACUUCAUCAAAUCAAAAUAAUACACGAUUUGCCAAUAAUUUUUCUUCUCACGAUGACAAUAAACACGAUAUAAUUUGUCUAACGUCAGAUUUACCAACUUAUGGUGAUCAAUUAUCACAGCCUGUUCGGUGAUUUUCAGUAUAUACCCGAGCACAAUCGUGUAUCAUUAUUAUUAUAGUUAUUACUAUUUGGUGAUAAAUAACCAAGGGUACUUUUCAACAUUCCAUGUUACAUAACACAGCAGAUAUAUUGGCUAAAUCUUUUUCCACAUACUCCUGUACGCAGAACACAUAUCAAUGAGCCCAGGCUAUUAGACGAAAAAAAUCUACAACUUAAGAAGGCGAAAUGCUUCAGAUAAUUGUAGACUGUGUAAUGUUUUCGUUGUUUGUUUGUUUUCUUUUUCGAUUGUCAAAAUACAAUGCCGCUUAUAUCAGCCUGAAAUGUAUUUCUUUUUCCUUUCUCUACUCUUUAUUUUUCUCAUAUUUCUUGGCUGUAAAGUUUGCAUGGUUGACAGUUUGUUUUAUUCUGCCCACAUGUAUGUCUAUAUAACCAUUGAAAUAUUGAAUAAAUAAGAUGAGAACUUCUAAUUUACUUUACUUUCUAAGUUUGUUUGUUUGUUUAUUUCCCUUUGAUAAUGAACUCUUUGCUGUUGGUGAAUUAAAAUUCCAAAAAAAUGAUAAUGAUAGUCAAGUUAAAUUCAUACGAAUUUUAUCUUCUGUUCAUUUAAUUAUCUGUUUUACUACUUAGUACUCCUCUUUCGAAUCUACCUUUUGAAAAUUUUUAUUUUAAUUCACAAAAUAAACUAUAAAUAUUAAAUGGUGACUGUAUUAAAUUAAUUUGAAAAGAAAAAAA